AUGGUGUUAGAAGUAUUGAGCGGUAGACGGGCAGUUGAUAAUAGUCGUCCAGUUGAAGAAUGCAUCUUGCCUAGUUGGGCUUUAUAUAGAGAAGCUCGUGAGAUUUUAGACCUUGUUUUUCAUGGAAACAUCUCGGAAUAUAGCCUCGAUAUGUGUUGUAAUAUCGCUAAAAGCUCGUUAAUCGCAGAUCUUGCCAUUCCACUAGCUGAGUUAGAGAACGUGAAAGAUUCAUUUGGAUUUGGAACAAGAGGAAUUGAGGCUGCGAAAGGAUUGUGCUACAUUCAUGGCGAGAAAGCUCUGAUUCAUCGUAAUAUCAAAUCCAACAAUGUUUUAAUUUUUAAUGGUGGAAGUACGGCUAAGAUAACUGAUCUUCAUAUAUGCAAUCCAUGCUCUUGUAACUAUCCUCCUAUUCGUGGAGAAAGGCCGCCGUGCAAACUUUAUCAUCCACCAGAAUAUUCGAAAGACGGGGAUAGUCAGGGAGGUGAUGUUUACAGUUUUGGUAUGGUUCUACUCGAACUCUUGACAGGGAAGAAACCACUUGAUCCUACAUUGCCGGAGGGAAUGAACCUUGUGAGUUGGGCAACACCGCAACUAACUUACGAUGAAGGGAUACAAAUGGUUAUGGAUGAUAGAGUCGGAAAAGACUACCCUCUCGUGGCAGUUAAAAAAGAUGGCUGCAGUUGCUAUUCAUGUCUUGCAAAUGAAUCCAUUCUUCGUCCAACAAUGAACGAGGUUUUGAUAGAUCUCGAAGAAGCUUUACACGAAACACAAAAUUAUGCCGGAAUCUUGAGCAACGAGCAAGGCUCUGAACAACUCUUGAAUUGA